ACCGAAACAUUCACUGAAUUCAAAUUCUUUACAAAGACAAAAUGACAUGUAAUUAUCGUCAUCACCUUGUUUCCUGUUCAUUUUGUUUAUAUAUUUGACUGAAAGUGAAUGUGGUUUCAAUAAUUGUUAGUUAAAGCGGUGAAACACUGACAUCGUGUAUCAUGAAAAAUUUUAUUUUCUUUGCUUUGUGCUGCAUACUUAUAUUUUUUCUCCAUGAAGGAGUAUCUUUAAAAUGUCGUUCUGGAAAUCAACAAGUAAAUAUGCAAUUUCAAAAAGUAUUAAAAACUUGUAGGGAUCGCUAUAUUAAUUCAAACACAGAUAAUGAAAAUUCUGCAUCUACGGAUGACAAUAGUUCAGAGAGUGAUUCUGCCUCGGGAGAAGAGGUAUAUGAUAAACAUUUUUUUUACAAAAAUGACGAUGGACCUUCAUACAAUCAGUCCACGAACAAUCGUAGAUACAGAAAUUCCGAUGAUCGUUCGACUAGAGGCAAUAUAAAACAUAUUCGUGGAACCAAUAAUCGAAAUUCAUGGAAUUCUGGAGAUUCGCGAAAUAGAAAAAGUGAUUUUGAUAAUGGAGAUAUGAAUAACGAAGAUACGCGUUUUAAUAAUAAUAAUAAUAAUAAUAAUAAUAAUGAUCAACAACAAGAUUGUAUAAUGCAAUGUUUUUUCAAUGAAUUAGAUUCUGUAGAUCAAAAAGGAUUUCCAGAAAAAAAUUUAGUAGUUUCAUUGAUGGUUCAAAAUAUUCAAGAUCCAGAACUGAAAGAUUUUAUUGAAGAAUCAAUUACUGAAUGUUUUCGUUAUCUUGACUCAAAUAAACGAGAAAAAUGUGAAUUCUCACAGAAUUUAUUGAUAUGUUUGGGUGAAAAAGAACAACAAAAAUGUGAAGAUUGGGAAAAUUAAAAAAAUGUAAUUUCAUUAUAGUUAUUUUAAAAAUAUAAUAACGAUAUGU